UGUCUAUGUGCUAUUGUGCACGAAUCACAAGGUCUUUAAACUUUAAGAAGUUGGUCUUUCGUUGACCGUUGUGCCAGUCAUAACUCACCACGUGGCAAAUGUGUAGAGAUGACAAACAGGAAACCAAUAUGACCAACAACAUUACACUACACGUCUACAGUCUACAGUCUACAGUCUACACCCACCAAGGCAAUUACUAAAUACCAAUAAUGUGUGUAUUAAGUAUAUAUAAAAGGAGCGACCCUCACCCUCACCCUCCCCCAAUUUAAGAAUAAAACAGAAAUAGAAAAAAGGUGGACGGCUGGACGCUUCGCUGCUUCUCGAUCGAAUUCUCAUUUCUCAGAGCAUGCCCUUUCUUCGCACCCUGCGUUCGUUCGCAGUUCGCUCCCCACUGUCCCGCUUUUGUUUCCCACAGCCACAGGCCACAGCAGCUUAGAGCUAGAAGAAGACUACGCGUAACCUAACAACGAUUCUUCGUUUCUCGGGCUCGGGGCUUCGACCGUCGUGCACGUGCACGUGCGCGCUCUCUCUCUCUCUCUCAUUUUGAGUGGAGGAGGAGGGUUUCGGUUUUCUGGAUUUGGAGUCUGGAACGCUCCCUGCCUCCCUUUCUCCUUCUUCUCCGUGAUAACAAAACCCAUCUCCACCAAAUUCUGUUUUUUGCUUCCAGAGGCGGAGGAGCACAAAUUAAAAGAAUAAAAGACUAGCAAGGAAGAAAGCUGGAUGCUUCGACGCACAAGGGAGGAUUCUUCCUGUAACUAGGAUUAAUCUUUCCCUCCUCUUCUACACAUUUCGACACCGCCGGAGAAAUCGAUCGAGGAUGGGAACCCUCAUUUAUUUGCUAUCGGAGCAUCCUGCCAUCGUCAGUUUCAGGUGGAGUCACGCCCAUUCCUGGGGCUCCACCUGGUCUUUUCUAUUCACCUCCAUAGCCGCCUACAUCACCCUAUCGGUCUUCCUCCACUUCGUAUUGCUUCUCUUCCGCCGCCGACGCCCGGUUCCCCUUGGACCCAUCCCUGCCAUCCACAGUCUCUCCAUGGUUUUAAUAUCCGUCGUCAUCUUCUUCGGGAUCCUCUUCUCCGCAGCCGCCGAGAUCCGAGACACCCGGUGGUUUUGGCGGCGCUCCAAGACCCCUUUCCAGUGGCUCCUAUGCUUCCCCCUGGGAACCAGACCCAGCGGCCGAGUCUUCUUCUGGUCUUACGUAUUCUACCUCUCUCGCUUCCUCCACUUGCUCCGAACCUUCUUCACAAUCCUCCGCCGUCGGAAACUGACAUUCUUUCAGCUAUUCAACCAGUCAAUUAUGAUAUGCAUGUCGUUCCUAUGGCUCGAAUUCUCACAAUCGUUCCAGGUGAUAGGCAUCCUAUUGACGACUCUGAUCUACUCGGUCGUCUAUGGGUACCGAUUCUGGACGGCAAUUGGGUUGCCGAGCGCUUGCUUCCCAUUCGUCAUCAACUGCCAGAUUGUGUUGCUGAGUUGCAACCUGGUGUGCCACAUAGGGGUGCUCUUGCUGCAUUUCAUGAAAGGAGGCUGCAACGGAAUUGGAGCUUGGGUGUUCAAUUCCGUCCUCAACGGUGCCAUCCUUCUCUUCUUCUUGAACUUCUAUGUGAGGGUGCACCUCCGAAAGAGAAAGACUGUGGCUGUUCGGGAUGAAAACUCAACAUUUCAUUCAUGCUCUGCCUUGGAGACGAGGAAAGAUAUGGAGCAAAUUAAAGACAAGGAUCUUUAGUCAAAAAGUUCUGGCGACUCACUUCGUCGGGGGUCUUUAAUCUGUAAAUUUUCUUUCUUUCUUCCUUUUUUUCCCCUUUUGCUCUUUUGCAAUCUUUUGUUUCUUUUUUCUUUUUUCAGUGUGUUGUAAAAUGUAAACUUGAAAUGUCUAGCUGAGCCCAAAAAAAAAAAAAA